AUGAGCUCCGCGGGCCGCCGGGCGCUGACGGGGCUCCGUGCGGGCGGGCGGGCCGACCCGGGGCCGCAGAGCGGGUCGCGCCUGGGGCCGCAGAGCGGGCCGCGCCUGGGGUCGCGCCUGGGGUCGCGCCUGGGGCCGCAGAGCGGGCCGCGCCUGGGGUGCUGCCCGGGCCGGGACGCGACGUGCGCCGGCCGGGGCUGGCGGGCGGACGGCGCCUUCGGGACGUGCUUCUGCGACGAGGGCUGCCGGCGCGCCGGGGACUGCUGCCACGACCACGGCCACGCGUGCCCAGCUGUCCCGUGCGUGGUGGGUGAGUGGAGUCACUGGAGCGGCUGUGCGGAGCACUGCAAGCCCGGCCUGCGCCUGCGCCGGCGCCGCGCGCAGCAGGAGCCCCGCAACGGCGGCGAGCCCUGCCCGCCGCUGCAGGAGAGCGCCGGCUGCCUCCGCUACCUGGAUCUCCAGGGGAGGCACUGCGGGCACGAGCACGUCCCUGCUUUCAUCACUACCUCUGAAUACAGUAAGGAGAGGAAGCAGCGAGCAGCAUCUCCUCUCUGGUCUGCAGAAAAAGAAGUCGGAUACUGCGUGGAGUUUCGGACAGAGUCGCUUUCGCAGCACUGCGCUUUGGAGAGCCGGCCGUACGCCCGGUGGAUGCAGUACCUACGAGAAGGACACACCGUGUGUGUCACCUGCCAGCCCCCUGCCAUGAACACCGACACCCAGCGCUGCUCUGGAGAUGGCCACAACGCGGAUGGAGGCAAAAUCUUGCACUGGGAAGCAGUCGGCAACCCUCGCUGCCAAGGAACCUGGAAGAAAGUUCGGCAACUGGAGGAGUGUUCAUGUCCCCCCGUGCAUAGCUUUAUUUUUACGUAAAAGUUCCAAAGACCUUUCAACGGCAACAAUAAAAAAAAUAAGAAAAUUAACACUAAURCCAUGAAAUGUGCACCUCUG